GCUGCAGUCGCUUCCUUGAUCAGAUUCGCGCGCUUGUCAUUUCUGUUCCGUCCCCUUUGGCUCCGUCCCCAUGCUGCCGGUCCGCCGCCAUGCACGAAGCCUGCUUUCUUUGCCGGUCACGGCGGCAAGGCGGUGCAACGCCCGGCAGAUUAAAAAUGCGACGGAAGGCCUGCUGAGGCUCCUCAAAAGGGACAACCCAACAUCCGAGAGCCUGCACCGCACAGGCCUCUGGAACUACAAGACCGGCCCCAAGCCCAAGGGCGACAGGGCCAGAGUCAACGUCACCGACGGCGAGCUAUGCGAUGCCAUCAUCGACCAGAACCGCGAAUCCCUCCUGCGCCACCAGGGCUGCGACCUGGUCGACAUGUUCCCCGGCUGUGGCGUCUGGAGUCGCAAGCUCACCGACCUCCUGCAGCCGCGCUCCCACAUCAUGCUGGAGCCCGAUGCCGACCUCUACAAGCCCUUCCUCGAACCCCUGCUCGCCAGACCGAACACCCAGCUACUUCCCAAGUCAGGCAUUCUGUGGCACGAGCUCGAUGGCAUCCUCACCCCCGAGUUCCUGCCAAAUCAGGUCAAAACAGACCAAAGGUCUCCCAACGGGGUGCCCCGCAACGACACCCUCCUCGUGACGGCCAACUUCUCCUGGCACCCCAAGAAACGGUUCGCGAGCUUCAGCAGCGUCGCCCAGCUGCUCUUCUACCAGUUCAUAUGCUCCAUCCGCCCGGGGUCCUUGUUCCAGAAAUACGGCCAGGUGCGCAUGCUUAUUUGGAUCAUGGACAGCGAGAAGAGGCCGUACGUCCCCCAGAAUAUGCAGUCGCGCCAGAAGGCGUCGAUAGAAUCCGAGAUGUUGACCGAGUGGGUCCACGAGCUUGCCGGCCUAGACGUGCCCGACCCCAAGAAGGUUGACCUCUCCCAGGAGGGCGUUCCUGUAAAAAGAUCGGCCAGCGAUUCGACAUGGUUCGUGCGGGAUGAAUCCAUUGAGCUUGACAGCGCGCAGAAGGUCGUGGCAAGGAUGCGCGAGCGCGGAAUCGUGACGCCCCCCGGCCGGGAGACGAGGCUUGCGCAGAAGGUACGUGCCCGCGCCGACGAGCCGCCCGCCGUUGCCGGCGAGGGCCCCAUAGAGAUUACGCGUGCCUUCUAUUACGAGUAUGAGAAGAUGCGGGCGCUGUUCGAGGAGGGAGAGAUUCAGCGGGGCUCGCCCCAACACAAGCGGAUGCUGGUACUGGGCAGUAACGUGCGCGUGCACCAGGGCCAGCUCGAGGUAUUUACCGCCUUCAUCAAAGAGUACGACGAGAUUAUUGCCCUAUAUGUCGCGGCAGCGGCAGAAUCGCCGGAUUCUGCUGCCAAGCUCGCAGAGGCGAAACGCAAAGACGCCGAGUGGAAUGAGAAGCUAUCGCGGAUGCCCAGCGACAUGAGGAACCAAGUCAUUCUCUGUCGCGACAACUUGCACGUCUACCGCCAGAACCCGCCGCUCCUGGCGUGGGACCGAAGGGAGAUUGAGCCGCUUGUUGUCAAGCCGACCGACUUCUUCCCUAACGUCCCCCUGAGUCUUUUAGACGUGCAGCCCAAGGCCAUAAGCCCUCAUCUGCGUGGUCGAGAUGGCGAUGUACUAGAUCAGCUCAUGAAGGGGCUCUACUACCACAGUACUUUGACCAUCGACAAGGCUUUGAACACAUUGGCCCCUGGAGCGGCCGACGGCGUGCUACCUAACUGCCCCAGCAUUUACGACCCCAGUAAAUCCGGUGUCCCGGUCGGCGGGAUGGGCACACUUGCUGUCCGCUCGCUAAACGAGAGGCAGAUUCUGGAAGUUCUGGAUGGCUGGCUCAAGUGGGACUUUAGACCAUCAUACACGGAGCUCGUGGCUCGGACUUCAGAAGCCUUAGAGGGUGAAGACGACCAACUUAUCACCGACGUUUGAAUACGCUGCAAUUCCCCGAAAGACGGGAGCAGUUGUGCUUCCGGACAACCAAGGCGGGAUUUGGCUGCAACACCAAGGCGGGAUCACUGGUGCGCCUAAUUAACAAAGCCGUCCUGUACCAUAUAUGUAAACAGAAUAUAAUAACAGAAAAAUAGAGGAAUAAUCAAUUUAAACCAGGAUUCCAAUCACCAGAAA